GGCGGCCGCGUGGCCCUGCCUGUGCUAGAGGAGAAGCUCUCCCAGCUCUGCCUGCCCCCGGAGGUGCCCUGUGAGCUGGUCCGGAUCCAGGACCCUGUCCCCUCCAGGGCCGCCCGCCGGCGCACGCCGGCCCAGAGGCUGCGGGAUGAGCUGCGGCCGCUGCUGGGUGCGAGCUGGUCGGAGGAGCUGGAGCGGGAUGUGCCCCACGCCUGGCAGCGCCACGGGGACCUGGUCCUGCUGAGCCAGGACAGCUUCAGGGCUGAGCCCUGGGAGAGGCUGGGCUCGGCGCUCUGGGAGACGGUGGCCUCGGCUCUGGGGGCCCGGCGGGUGGCCAGGCGAGGACGGGUGAUGCCGGAUGGGAUGCGCACCCCCAGUGUGACCCUGCUGCUGGGCCAGCACGGCUGGGUGGAGCACGUGGACAACGGCAUCAGGUACACCUUCGACGUGACCAAGUGCAUGUUCUCCCCGGGCAACAUCACGGAGAAGCUGCGUGUGGCCUCCCUGCCCUGCUCCGGGGAGGUCGUGGUGGAUCUCUAUGCAGGCAUCGGCUAUUUCACGCUGCCGUUCCUGGUGCACGCGGGAGCUGCCUUUGUCCACGCCUGUGAGUGGAACAGCCACGCCGUGGAGGCCCUGCACAGGACCCUGCUGCUGAACGGGGUGCGGGAUCGCUGCCACAUCCACGCCGGGGACAGCCGGCAGCUGCAGCUGCAGGAUGUGGCAGACAGGGUGAACCUGGGGCUGAUUCCCAGCUCGGAGCAGGGCUGGCCGGUGGCCUGCCGCGUCCUGAAGAAGGACACGGGUGGGGUUCUCCACAUCCACCACAACGUGGAGACCCCCCCCGUGCUGCUGGCUGAGCAGGGCUCUGCAGAGACAGCCGGCCCUGGGGGAGAGGCACAGCACCCAGAAGAGGACUGUGAGAAGGAGAUGCUGGGGGCCAGGCUCAGGCCCGAAUGGCAGCAGUGGGCUGAAGCCACGGCCACACGGAUCCAGGGGCUGCUGGCAGAGCUGCACGGGCGGCCGUGGCGCAGCAGCGUCCUGCACAUCGAGGCAGUCAAGUCCUACGCACCACACGUGCAUCACCUCGUGCUGGACCUCGAGUGCCGCCCAGUGCUGCCCCUGUAGUGGGGCAUGGGCACUGCUGGGGCUCCAGCUCCCGUGGAAAGGUGGUCUCCAGCACUAGGGGCAGGGAGAUGCUACCAGCAUCUGGAUGUGCCUUAUGUCCCCUGGUGCCAGCACUGCCCAGCAGUGUUUCCCCGUGCCCAGGACACCCAGGGUUGUGCUCCCAUGGCAGUUCCCUUCAGGAUCCAGACAAGGAUGGAGCAGGCUGGGGCUCAGAGUGCUGGUGUUCUGCCCUGGCUCUGCCAGUCUCUGCCCAGGUCUUGGGCAUGUGGUAGCACCUUGAGCCCCAUUUUCACACAGGAGAGAGCCACAGUGCUGAGAAGCUUUGGAUUCCUGCUGGGUUCAUUUCAGCAGGUCAGGGACAAGCUUUGUGCAUGUAUUUACCAGCAUGUUUUUUUAAUGUACUGGAAACAAGUCUGUUCAUCUUGUUUCCUUCCUAUCUUUUUUUCUGAAAUAAAGAUGUUUCUCACCUCCUCUUGUUGGUGUCCAGUUAAAA